AUGGCCACUGUGAAAUGGUCCGAUCUUCCAGAAGAGAUUUGGCCGUUCAUUGGAAAAUUCGUCCACAGCCGCAUUGACAUUCUCCGGUUUCGCAGCGCCUGCUCCUUCUGGCGUGCUUCUCGCCCUCUUUGGUACCAACUUCCCUUUCCUCUUCUUCUCCCCCUCAGCUCCUCUGCCUUCGCCUCCGAAAGAUUAUGGAGAGCUGAACUUUUCAAAAGCACACUGUAUCACAUGGAGUCGCUCACUGAUGAUGAUGGCGAUGCUUCAGUAUCACAGCCUUGUUCAUGGUUGAUGAAGGUUGAGGAGGACCCCACUACCGGUAAAACACGUUUACUAGAUCCGGUGACUAGCUUGCCACUCAGGUAUGACUUCAAUCUAUUGGACUUUCGAGUAGUGGAGUUGCGAAAGUCUUAUGUUGUUAAAGCUAGCAGCACAGAUAUUACUGCUACCGUGCAGAAGGUGGUAGUCAUGAGUGGUAGUCAUGAGCAUUUGGACAAUGAUAAUGUGCAUGCGGUUUUUAUGGUUUUCAAGAAAGGGAGUCUGGCUCUGGAGGUGAUUCAGUUUGCACCUCCGAUAUGUGGGUCUGAUGGGCAGAAGCAUUUGGUGGAGUCUUGUGGCGAUCUUUAUGUGGUUGUUAAGUACUUUGCAGAGGUGGCUCCCCAGGGCAAUAGGACAUUUAUGUACCCACACCAGGAGGAUGAAGAUGCUGAAGCAAUUGAUUUCAAAGUUUAUAAGCUGGAUCAGGAAUGGGGUAAAUGGGUGGAUGUGAAAGACUUGGGAGAUCGAGUGUUUGUUUUAAGCAAUGAUGGGUCUUUCUCUGUCUCCACCAGAGAGUUUGCUGGUGUGAAAGGAAACUGCAUCUUCUUCAUUGAUCAAGUGGUGUCACAAUUGGGAUUCUCUGGAAUAACAAAAAGGUGUUACAGUUGUGUGUUCAGUUUAGAGGAUGGUAAAAUUAGGAACCUAGCAUCUUCGCAGUGUUCUCAGAUGAGCCGUGUCGACCUUAUCCGAUUCCGCAGCGUCUGCUCCUCAUGGCAUUCCUCUCUCCCUCCUCCCGAGCGACUUAACCCUCCUCCUUUCCCCCUCAAGUUCUCCGGUGACGACUCUGGCUAUCCCGGAAACUAUGCUUCAUUGUUCCAAUCAACAACCUACCUCAUGGAGUCACUCAUGGCUGAGGAGGACAGUGGCUCUUCAUCGCCAUCAAACAAGCCAUGGUUGGUGAAGUUUGAGGAGGACCCAAGUUCUGGUACAAUGCGUUUACUUGAUCCGGUGACUAGGUCUCCCCUCAGAUAUUCUCCUAACGCUACUUUGAAGCAACUAAAUUUAAUGGAAUAUCGGAUUGUAGAGCUACACAAGUCGUAUGGACUAAAAUUUGGCGAGAACAAUGUCACUAUUAAUUCUUUGCACAAAUUGGUACUCCUCCCUCGUAACCAUUUAAGCUUUGGCAAUGUGUAUGCGGUUUUUAUGAUCUAUAACGAAGGCAAACUGGGUUUCAUGAGAUUUGGAGAUGAGGAGCUUACCUAUGUGGAUGUGGAAAACUCUUACUAUGAUGAUAUUAUUGUGUACAAGGGUGAAUGCUAUGUAGUUGAUAAGUGGGGAACAGUUUCUUGUAUCAAUUCAGCUCUGGAGGUGAUUCAGGUUUCGCCUCCAUUGUCGUGUGGCUUUGGUGGGAAGAAGCAUUUGGUGGAGUCUUAUGGUGAGCUUUAUGUGGUUGAUCAGUACUAUGAGAGGGUGAGUGUUCGUCACGGCAGGGAGGAUGAUAACAUUUUCGGGGAGUAUCACAAUUCGCGCUACGAUUCUGAUGCAAUCGAUUUUAAAGUCUAUAAGCUGGAUCAAGAAUGGAGUAAAUGGGACAAUGUGAAAAACUUGGGAGAUCAUGUGUUUGUUCUGAGCAAAGAUGGGUCUUUCUGCGUCUCCACCAAAGAGUUUGAUGGAGUGAAGGGAAAUUGCAUCUUCUUCAUUGAACGAGUGUCACCUACUGUAAGAGCAAUGUAUCACAGUCGUGUGUUCGAUUUAGAGGACGGAUCUAUGAGGGAUCUAGCGUCUUUGCCGAUUUCUCGGAUGGUCGAGCCACCUUCAACUUGGCUCAGCAAUGAUCUGAGUCCUUCUGCAUCUGAAAGUGAAUGUGAAAUAUUAUUGCCGGUUCAAUAA